AUGUUAAGACCCCUACUAUUAAUACUAUGUCCAAUAGUAUUACUCUCCCAACGGUUAUCACCAGUCCAGCCCUCAGGCUAUGAGGACAACAAUCAAUGGCCGGUUGAUCAACAAAACGUUCGAAAAAGCUUUGAUCCAUCGAGUGUUGAUGAAUUUUACGGUGGAAAUAGUGUUAGUACUACCAGUAGUACCAUUAGUACUAGUAGUACCAAAAACAACAUUGGAGUUCAAAAACCGGCUGUCAGUAGCAGAAGAGUUGUAAACAAAGUUUCUGGUGGUCAAAAAGUUUCUAAUUUGCCUAAAAUUGAGAGUACGACCAGGAGCUUCGAGAAGGUUGAUACCAACUUCCCUGAGUUUCAUCCUAGUCUUGAUGGUACGUUUUACAUUUGAAGGAUAAGCUACAGUACUGUAAAAUUUAAAGUACAUAAAGCUUUGAGUAGAUAGAGAUUUUGAUAAAGUAGGGCUUUUGAUACAGUAAAACAUAUUUUAUAGUAGGUCCUUGAGUAGGGUACGGUAGGUUAAGGUUGGGUAAGGUAGAGUACGGUAGAGUACAGUAAGCUACAGUAGGGUACGAUAGAGUACAGUAGGGUAGAUUAGCGUACGGUUGCGUCCGGUAGGGUACGGUAGGGUAAAGUAAGAUACCUUAAAAAUAAAAUUUUUAAAUUCAGAGUUGACAUCCAUUUUUCCUGUACCAACAACAACUUCUAUGCCUAGAACAUCAUACCGGCCUACUACAACUACUACUCUACCUACUACAACAACCGUUCUUCCCGUAAUCUUUAAUCAACAAGACCGAUUGGUUGGUAAUAGAGUAGUUCAGAAUCAGCCGUCGGCUACUUCAACUUUCUACCGUAAUCCUACACAAAGUUACCGUAAUCCUGCACAAAGUUACCGUAAUCCUGCACAAAGUUACCGUAAUCCUGCACAAAGUUACCGUAAUCCUGCAUCAAGCUAUGGUCAAUUUAACUCAGUAAGCCCGUCUGAGUACAGUACAACUCCUAGACAAUUCAAUCCUACUAAUCAGUACCAGAGUGGACCUGAUGCUCUGCAUCAGCCUAUGCCCACAAGUCAGUAUCAAUCUGAUCCUACAAUUCAAUAUCAAUCAGGCCGCAAUAGUCAGUACCAAGAUGAUGCUACUAGUCAGUAUCAGUCAAUUCGUCUCAAUCAAGGCCAGCCAACUCGUCCUAAUCAGUACCAAUCUGAUCCUAGAAGUCAGUACGAAGCAGGCCCUAUUGAUAAGCGGCCUAACCAAGUCAAUCAAGUUCAAUUCAACCCGACCAGUCGGUAUGAGAAAAAUCAAGAAGCUUUGACUCAAUCUGGCGCUAAUGGUGCAUAUGGUCCUAGUGGUACUGUUCAGCGUGAUUCGAAUCGGCAAAGGCAAUAUAAUCUUCAAGGUAAGUUGAAUUCUGCUAGGAUAUCUCAAUAUAAUCUUAGUAACUAUAGUGAUUUACAUCUAUAUACCUCUCUUAAUCAAAGUAAUCUACCUCUAUAUAGCUCUAGGCUCUAGUAACCAAGAAAACAUACCUCAAUAUAACUCUAAUAACAAAAGUAAUUACCUUUUGACUUCAGAAUCCACAGAUGAACCCAGAAGCCCUGAGGCAUCAAAGAGCAGUGAAGUUAAGAUCCUAGAAAGCAACGACCCCUACGCUAUGAUGACAAAACAAUCGAUUGAAUACCUAAGAAAAAAUACUCCAAAAGUUGCCAAUUCUAGUACUACUGGUACUAACUUUGGUACUAGAUUUGAUACUAACGUUGACAGUAACACUGGUACUAACUUUGGUACAGACAGAUCAAUUGGUCGUCAAUAUAAUCCACAAGAUCCUCAAGAUCAAUAUGGAGCCCAGAACUACCGCAGUCUCAAUCAACGUGAUCCUUCAGAAUCAUAUGGUAGUGUAAAGCAGCCUUACCGUAGUUCGAAUAUUCCUAGCCAGGCCUUCCGUAAUCCAUCAGAAACUUACCGUAAUCCAUCCGCAUCCUUCAGUAACCCACAAACGCCUUACCGUAACCCUCCUUCAAAUAAUGCCUACCGUGAUCCAUCAGCGUCCUACAGUAACCCAUCAGCACCCUACAGUAACCCAUCACCAUCUAGCACUGAUGCCUAUUCUGAAGGUCCAGUAUCGUUGACGAAGCCUCCUGGAGCUCAAGAAGACGCUACAAGACCUUAUAAUCAAGACCCAUACAGUAACUCAGUAUCAACCACAACUCAAGAUCCAUACAGUAACCCAAUCACUACUACUCAGAAUACAUACGAUGCUUCAGAAUCCUCUACUCUACCUGGUCAUGCUGGUCGAGCAGAAUUCCAAAGCCAAGCGUUACAGUACGCUUCUGACCAAGCCGAACCUCCACCGUUCUAUCCUCAACGUGACAGUAAUUCACCGUACAACGUGCCUGAAGACCGGUUGAAGAACGGACCUUACUACAGUAAUCCCGGAGCUAAUGGAAGACAAUUUUUAGCUUCAAAAGACUCCUUCAACCCUACCGUACAGAGAUACUCGGCUUCAGAAGACCCAGCUACACAGUACGAAAACAGGAUACCACAAAGAGAUCGUCGUAUCUUGCCAGGACGUACCCAGUAUCAAGCACCACGUGAUGCUUAUGAAGCUCCAGCUUCUAACGAUGACAUUACUGACACUCGAACAUACGAUAGUAACAAGCAACAAACAUACGAUGGUAGUCCACUAUCAUCUGAGUACAAUGGUGUCAGACCAAUCCAGCCAAUCAAUAGUAGAGAUCGACCUCAGUAUAGUGCUAAUGACGGGUUGUAUGGUAAUAGACUUCAGAAUCCGAGCCUGUAUCGUCAGAACUUACCAGGAUUUCUAGAAUCAGGUGAUAGAGAAGCUACAGCAACUUCCAGAAGACCUGAUGGUACUAUAAACCAAAGUAGUAGAUUUGAUACUACUGUAACACCAAGACAACCUGACACUACAGUAACUUCAAGAAGACCCUGGAGUAAUGUAGACUCACAAAGAAGUAACCACAGAGACCCUACUGUAUCAUCCAGAAGACCAACUAAAGUUCAACGUGGCUUUCAGAAUCCGAAAAAUGAUCGUGAAGACCAUAGUCGUCUAGGUAAUCGGCUAACUACUACAACAACAUCAUUCAGAUCUUCUUCAACCGAAAACAUGUUACCUACCACUGACUUUUCGACUGAACCUGUUAGCCCAGUUAAUGCCAGAAAGCCUAAGCCACAUUCUGCAGGACCUGAAUACCGUACCAAACCAGAUACCACGCUACAGCCGGCUACACAGAAGUCUUUACUACAGAAUCAGGCUAAUAUCAAUAGGGAGAGAGGUGAUAUGACUAGAGAACGAGAGGGUAUUAACAGAGAACGAGCUGAUAUCAACAGAGAACAGGCCAAUAUCAACAGAGUAAAUGAAGUAGAAAGAAGCGACUAUAACGGACAAGAUGAUCGACGUAUCACCAGUACCCAACAAAAUCAGCCUACAAGCUCCACCGGCUUCAGGAGCUCACCGUACGAAGUUGAAAGCUCUGGGUAUCAAGCUGGGCUACAGAUCGAUAGAGCUAAUACGGUAAACUACAAUAAAUACCGUGCUCAAGCUACUGAUUCAUCAUAUGAUGGUGGUCAGAAUUUGGCUACAUCAACAUCGUACGGUAGUCAGAAGCACGCUACAUCACCAUCAUACGAUACCACUCAAAGUAGCCGUGAUACCACGUACGAUGGCUACAAUAUCAAGCUUGACACUAGUACGGGAAGGCGACGAGAUGAAACUACAGUAAGCACAUAUGAAGUCGGUAGCCAGACUACAGUAAGACCUUAUGAAGUCGGUAGCCAAACCACAGUAAGCCCGUACGAAAUCGGCAGUCAAACUACAGUACCAUCCUACGAUAUCAACAGCCAAACUACAGUAAGCCCGUACGAUUCAAGUCAAACCACAAUACCUCGCCAGAAUCGACCACUACAAACCGGUCAAUACAGUAACCCCAGGUCAAACUACUCACCAUACAACCCACGACCAGAAGAUCAUAUUAACCAGUAUCGUACUCGUACUCAGGUUCAGAAUACUGGAUAUUACUAUAGAGUACCAAGUAGUAGCCAAAGUCCGUAUGACAGAAGGACUUCUACGGUAGAUCCUUACGAUGCUACGACUUCAUCAGGCAACGCUGGCUUCAGAAGCUCUACUGUAGAUCUAUAUGACCGUAGAGGAUCUACAGUAAACCCUUAUGACAGUGCAAGCUCUACAGUAGACCCUUACAACACCAGAAGCUCUACAGUAAACCCAAACAGAAGACCAACUUCUGCAUACGAAUCGACGUCAUUGCCCUACAUUAAUAUGGAUCGUACCACAGCUAGAGCCCAACCAAGUAUAGACCCAUUCCCUCUUCCUAAAGCCUUAUUUGUAGUUGACAACGCCUACGAAGCCCCUAAGCCUACGAAUGUCAGCCAAAGCCUAGACGAAGAGCUACGAAGGCUACGUGAGAAACUGAGUAGAAUUGAAGAAUACAACAAGUUUACUUUGGGUAUGGUGAUUUUGAAUACAUUCGUUUUUUUCUACCCUACCCUACUUUACCCUACCCUACCCUACCCUGCCCUACCCUACCCUACCCUACCCUACCCUACCUUACCCUACCUUACCCUACCCUACCCUACCCUACCCUACCCUACCCAACCCUACCCUACCCUAUCCUACCCUACGCUACCCUUGUCAAGGCUUCCUCAUACAGUAUGUCUUACUGUAACAAAGGCUCUGUUGUAUAAAGAGCUCUAUCGUUUUCUACCGUACUUUACCCUACCUGACCGUAUCUUACCGUAUCGUACUCUAUCUUAUCCUACCUUUACCGUAAUAUAUGUUUUUGUCACCGUACCUUACUUUAGCGUACACUACCCUAUCUUACCAUCCCUGCCUUAUUCUACUCUAUUUUACUCUAAUCGAACUUACAGUACCGUAUUAAAGCUUAAACCUAUUCUAUACUAUAUAUAAUGCCAAUUUCAGAUAACAAGGACUCAAAAUCGACCACUCUUCCCGCUUCACAAGGCUACGAUGAAGUUGUUUUCAAUAAAGACGCCGAAUCUGAAGCUCUUUUUAUGAAUGAAACGUUGGCCAACUCUACCAUACUCAAUGAUCAAGUCAUGAAUGAUACAGUAAGUAGAGUAUGCUAUUUAAAAAACGUCACAAAAUACUUUUUGUACAAAAAAACAGAAUCUAUUAUAGUUAAGCUAUGAACAAAAAUAAGGUUUUGAAGUGUACCAGUGGUUUCAGUACCAACAGUACCAGUAGUACUAAUUUGAAAAAAAAUGUUUUUUAAUAGAUAAAAGCAAAAAACUUAUGAAAUUUUUUUUAUAUGCGCGGUACCAGUGGUACCAUACAGUACCAAUUGUACCAAAUUACAAAAAAAAAUUUUUUUUUAAUUUAAAUAUUUGGAAAAAAGGUAAUUUUUUACAUUUUUUUAUUUUGGAGUAUCAAUUGUACCACACAGUACCAAUAGUACCAAAAAAUUUUUUUUUAAAUUUUUUUUUCAAAAAUUAUUUUUUGACACAAAAUUAAAAAUGUAACAUAUUUACAUAAUUUCUUUACAGAACACCUCAGAAUCCACAACAAGCCAAGCCACCGUAAAAGAAGUUCCUACCGAAUCCCUCCUACCCCAAAGCGUUACUGUGAUCAAGCCAAGUAAGCAUAAAGUUGACGGAGACACUCAGUCAGAUCAGCUUAAUAUUGAAACUACCUCUUUGACUUAUUUAGCCACUACUGAAAGUGCGGAAGUUACAGAAUCUUUUACAGAAACUACCGUAAUCCCUGAGAGUGAAAGAUCAGGCGAAAGAGGCAGAGAAACUGAUGCAAACGUGAAGAUAUCGAGUAAUAAGCUACAGAAAACAGCUGAGAUCAACGCUAAAGUAGAUGACACCACUACCAACAAGCCUUCUGAAGUCACUGAAGAAGAAGAUACAUUGGUUAGCCUGGCGAGACAAAAUGAAAUUGGCAAAGAUCAGGUGAUUGAUGAGACAACAGCCAGGCUUCUGAAGACUUUGAAGGAAGACGUCAAGCUAAAAUCAAAAGAUGUGCAGAAUUCUGUAGUAGCUAAAGAUAAAGAUGGUAGAGAUGUGAUUACUGUAGAAAAGACCAUAGAAUUGCUUCAGGUUCCAGAGAAACGACGAGAGACUAAUGAGACUGUUGAUGGGAUCAGUGGGGAUGUUGUCAUGGUUAAAAGUGAGUUUUUGCAAUUUUGAAAAAAAUUUUGAAAAAAUAAAAUGACAGAUGUUUUACCAGUACUAUAGAGUACUAGAAUGCAGAGUUUUACAAAAUUUGGUAGAUUAGCAAAAAAGUUAUGACGCAUUCUUCAUUAUAUUACACUAGACGUUCAUUAGGUCAAAGAGCUUCAAAGAUCUAUAACUUUUUUCGUUUUUCUUUUAUUUCAAUGAAAUUUACUGAAAGUGUUAAGCAUACAAAGUAGUAUCGUACCCUCAUAUUUCAGUUAAUUUAAUACAGUAACAAAAAGGUUACAGUAAUUUUUUCUUUAUCUUACCCUAGUCUUACUUAUAAGUGAAAUAACCAUGUUAUUUAGAGAACUCUACCAACUCCUUCUCAGAAACAGUACCAGAAGCACUAGUUGAGGAAUCUGCAUCAAAUUUUACUCUCAACUCUAUUACUAAUAUUACUGUAAUUGAUGUUGAUAACGAUACAAGUUCAAUAAUGAAAUCGGAACGGAACUCUACUAUUGAUUUUUCUACUGACAACAGUACUAAUACAUCUGAUGACAGUACUAGUACUACUGACAACAGUACUAGUACUACUGAUGACAGUACUACUACUACAAACGACAACUCUAAUCUAACCGCCCUUAGUACUGAUACUACAAAUUUAAGUACACUUAAUACUGAUGCCACAGAAAACAGUACCAACUUAACAACUAGUACUACUGGUACUACCGUUACUUCAGAAAAUACUGAUCUAAGUACUUCUGACGGUUUCAAUAGUACUAUCAAUUCUAUCGUUACCAAAGCCAAUAGCACUGAUAUUGUUAAUGGUACCACUAGUAUUCCUAGUGAAACUAAUAUUAUUUUUCGAGAUGAUAGUACUGAUUCUGCUACUACUAGUACUAAUAAUAGCUUGGACUAA